AUGCUAUACGAGGAAGGUGCCAUGACAAUGGGCUUCAAGGUGGUAUCAGAAGGCCGCUUUAGCAAGGAGAGUGUCCGGAAGUUCUUAUAUGAUGAGCCCGCUUCGUACCCCAGUUGCAGUGGCACCCGGACAUAUGACGAUAACGUCUCAGACUUUAAGGUUGCUAUGGCAGCAAUUCACAGGGGUGCACAGCUCCUGGAAGGUCUGGUAGUCGAGAACACAUUGGAAGUCGUCCACUUCUACAUGGACGCAAUCAAGCGCAACGCAGAAAUUGCCGUCCGUGAACUGCUUAAGUCCAUUGGCCUCAAGAACAAGGGAGCUCCGAUCCGAUUCUCUGACUUUAUGAAUGACGGCACCGAGAUCAAACUGGAAAUCCGCAUGAAUUACGAGACUGGGUCUGCCGACUUCGACUUUACAUGCACUGGCCGGGAAACAUUCAACUGCCUCAAUGUCCCCAAAGCCAUCGCCCACUCGGCUAUCAUCUAG